GGAGCGGGGGCCGGGGCUGGGGCCCGCGGGAUGCUGCUGCCGCCGCUGCUGCUGCUCCUCUUGGCGGGACGCGCCGCCGGGGCUCAGCGAUGGCGGAGUGAGAACUUUGAGAGGCCAGUGGACCUGGAGGGAUCAGGGGAUGACGACUCCUUCCCAGAUGAUGAGCUAGAUGACCACUAUUCGGGCUCUGGCUCUGGCUACUUUGAGCAGGAGUCUGGGAUUGAGAAGGCUGUGCGGAUAAGUACCAAUGUAGCUGUUGCCCUGUCCACCACCCCAGCUGUGCUGCCCACAAGUGCCAUCCAGCCCAUGGGCACCCCUUUUGAGAUGCAGCCAUCGGAGAGCCCCACCCCCAAGCCUGCCACAACUGUUUUGGCAGUGACCAAGGUGUCAGUGGUUCCCACUGCUGCUGCCGCCGCUGCUGCCACUGUGGCCACAGCCACAGCCACAGAGGCUGUGACCACUGCAGCCCCAGCUGUGGCCACCGAGGCUCCAGCUGUGGCCACUGUGGCCCCAGCCGUGGCCACUACUGCCACUGCUACCACUAACAUCAUCCCGACUACCGCUAGCAUCCCCACAUACCCCCCAUCUACAAUCAGCGUGCCAGUUUCUCAGACAACGGCCCUCCCCAAGCUCCUGCCUCCUCCGCCAGCUACGGUGGCAGCCACGGUCCAGGCCACAGUUCAGGCUACAGCCCAGGCCACAGCCCCUGCCACACUCACCCUCUCUGCAGUGGCUUCUGGCCUGGACACAGAGGCCCCCACCCCGAAGCUGGUGGUCACCGCCACACCAAGCACCUUGCCGAAGCCGGAAACCUCUCAGCCUCCAGGUGUCUUCGAGAAGAGCACUGUAGCUCUGGGAUCUGAUGCCCUGGUGCCCACUGAGGUGCCACAGACCCCUACCCCAGAGGCCCCACUGGCUACAAACCGGGAAGUGGAGGCAGAGGUACCAUUCCCCAGUGGGGACUCGGAGCCCCCAGAAGAGGGGAUCACCCAGCCAGAGCUGGACAAUGAAGUGGUGGCAGUGGGUGAAAAGACCACUACCACCUCAGCAGGAAUAAAGCCCAAGGACGGACAGCCUGGGCCAGGCCUGUUUGAUAACACCAUCGACUUGGGCAACUCAGCAGCCCAGCUGCCUCAGAAGAAUAUCCUUGAGAGGAAGGAAGUGUUAGUAGCGGUGAUUGUGGGUGGGGUGGUCGGAGCCCUCUUUGCUGCCUUUCUGGUCACACUCCUCAUCUACCGCAUGAAGAAGAAGGACGAAGGGAGUUAUACCUUGGAGGAACCGAAGCAGGCCAGCGUCACAUACCAGAAGCCGGACAAACAGGAGGAGUUCUAUGCCUAGAGGGACCUUGCUGCCUCCUCUUGCCUCCUCUUCCCUUCCCUCUCCUCAGUCUUCCUCUCCUCUCCUUCCCCCUUUUUGCUUACCCCUUGGACAGAACUAUGAGUCUUCUGAAUCCUUCUGCUGCACUGGACCCAAGUUACUGCUGGUGCAGGGAGACAUUGUCCACGAACCCUCAUGCCCUCUCUCUGGCGCGUGGGGCAGGACCUUGGAAAGGGGGCAGCCAGCCUCCCCUCUCCCAUUUAUAGAACUGGGAUUCCCCCCUACCCCAGACCCCACUUAUUCCUAGAGGGGCUCUGAUCAGCAUCCCUUCCCACUUUUCAGGCCAGAGCUGGGCUCCAGAGGAGCCAAUGGCCAGUCAGGCUGGGGCUCCGGGGACUUUGGGCCAGAUUCCUAUCUGUGGGAGAAGUUAAGAGUCAGACAGAACUUUCUUUGGUUGAUAAAUGAGAGGGUGAGACUUGGGAAUUGCUUUCUCCUCUCCCUUGGGCUCUUGAUGGCCUUCUCAUCGGGACUGGGAGAUUUCUCCUGGACUGGCAGCGGGGCACCUUUUGUCGUGGGGCCGUGAACCCUUAGCUUAGUGGUUUUAGGGACCCAUGGCAGCCAAUGCCAUCUCUUGGGCGGAACAUCUUUUGGCCAUGGCAAGUGAGCCCUGUGGACAGUGCUGGAUUGAAGUUGGGGGGAGGAAAGAGGAAGAGGAAGAGAGAGUCUAAAUGGAAGAGGGGUGGUAGUGGGAGAGGGGAGUGAGUGGGGAGCCUGGAGGCUCUCCACCCUCCCUUGCCUCUUCCCCCUGCUCCUGGGGCUCUUUCAGACCUAACCUUGAGUUACCUCUCAGUGCCAACCAGCGUCAGGGUUAACAAGCUUGUGGCUUUGCCAAGAGUGCCUGAGAGUGGCUGGCUUAAGCCUUCUCCAGAGGAGGGGGAGACAUUCCUUCUCUCCCUCCCCCAUCUCCCUUGCUGGACUGGGCACAGACUCUCUCUGUGGCUCAAGCUGGUGAGGGUGGGGGGAGUGUCUGGGCAGAGAUAUUCUGCUCGAGGCACGGCAGCCACCCAAGGGGUAGCAUUUGCCAGACACGAUUUUGUCACAAUCAGCCACGUAUAUCAUUCACAUGACCCAGCAUGCAGACAGUCACAGAAGUCACAUACACCAGGCCCACCAGCCAUACUAUCAUGUGUCCCAACAGGAUUCUUCCACACACGAGUCAUUGAUAUACCCUGAGUCAGUACCACCAGCCACAUGUUCUCACAUGCUCUGGUCAGACAGCUGGGGAAUCUCUUUUUAAAAGAAAAGAUGAAAAGGGGGGAGUGGAGAAGCUGCUUUUCCCUGAAGGCUCUAAUGCCUGCCUUCUAGCUCUUUCUGCUCUUGCAGGUUAUUUACCCCUUCCCUGGAUACCUGGAGCCAGUGGGAAGAGCCAGGGUGGGUGGUGGGAUGGAAGAAUGGUCUGACAGGCCACACUUUAGGGAUGAUCCUGUGAAUUUGAAAGGAAGGGGAUGCUCCUGGUGGACCUAGGAAUCAGAUGCCAAGGGCCUGACUGCUGCGGUGGAGUCAUAUGGGUGCUUCUAGUCUGCCAGUUCCAGACGUCCUCCCUCAUGGACUGGGGUUGGUUCCAGGAAGGGCAUGGAGAUGGGGAAGGAAGGACUUCCACUGAAACUGAUCCACUUCCCAGGAAUGGCCUCAGGCCCUUGACUUCCUACGUGAAGCUGGCUCCUACCAUAUCACCCAGUUCAUGGGCCUAUGUGUCUGCCAACUCUUGGAAGCCACUUAGUGCCUGCCUGGAUAGAGUCACGAGCAGCCCUUAGCCUUUGGCCCAGCCCUGCUGCCUCUUGGCUUGUAUGUGGACACUGGACCUCCUUUUUGGAAACCCCUAUGGGAGACUGUUGAUCGUCCCAAGGCCCUUUGGUACCUUCUCUCCAUAGGGCUCCCAGGAGCCAUUUGUGAGGUCUCUGCCCCAGAGCUUGUGCUUGGUGGAGAUUCUGAUGGCAGUGGGCUCCCUGUUUUAUGAGAUCCACUCUUCCUUGUCCCUGCCCCAGCCAUCUCCAUACUCAGACCUUGUUUGUAACUCUGGGAGUGGGUGCCAUGUUCAUAGACAAAGCCUGGCCCAUAUAGUUUGUAUCUUCUGCCUCCUUGAGAGAACUGAGAAACCCACCAUCUCUUGAGAGCACCUGCUGUUGGAGGCCCCCAUACCAGAAUCCUGGGCUCCAAGGGGAGCCGUCCAAUGCUGACAGUCAAGAAACUGGAAUAGCAUCGUCACCUGUGGGCCUCACGCUGGAGCCAAUCUGUUCUCGAUGGAUGCACUUUCCUUCAGGGGCAUGGAGCCUGUUGCAGGCUGGCUCAAACUUGGGGGAGGUGGGUUUUUUCCUGGGGGAGGAGGGGCUGAAAGGAAUUCCAGGGAUGGAAUUCUGGUUUUUGGACUAUUCGCCUCUCAUCCUAACCUUUAAUGUCCCAUUUAUCUCAUCCCCCUUGCAUUGUCAGCUCCUCCCAGCCCAGUCAGAGGCAGGCCAUUCCCUUGGUGAAUUUUGAAGUGUGCAGAUGGGGAAUGGGGAGAGGCUUGUAGCAUCUGGGGACACACAAGAACAAGGAGAAAAGUCUGGGCUGAGGCCCAGAUGGAAGCCUGAGUUGAUGGGCUAGAUCCCAGGAGGGAGGUGUGGAAGGGUCUCUAGAUAUUGGUCCAUCUCCUCCUGUAGACUCCUAUCCAUAACCUCUUUUUAAAUAGAUCCAUGGCCUGCCCACUCUUAGCACUGGUACUCACCUUAUUCCAUCAGUCUUGUUUCCCCAACCACCCACCUAUAGGGCCAUGGUCCAUAGGAAGAGGAGAGUCAAGGUUGGCAGGGCUUGAGAAAGGGUCUAGUGUCAUCUCCAAGAUGUCUAGUGGGGCCAGUCCUCCUCAGGCUAGGAGCUCACUGGAGUGCCAGAGCUCAGCUGGGAAAAAGUUGGUCCCCAAGUGUUUGAGGGUAGAGUUUCAGGGAAUAGUAUUGCCUGAGUGCCAGCUGCCCCUUUUGGGUCCUUAUACUAGUGACCUUUUCCUAGUCUUCCUCUUUGGUCUCUAAAGUUGCCACAUCGCCACUGGCUCCCAAGGCUGAAUUGACAUGUAGCCUUGUGGAUAAAAAUGGGAAGGGACCCUGAGAAAUAAAGAUGAGGUAAUACUACUCCCAGAAAACUGGUGGAGAGAGUGUGGAGAGGGGUCAAGCUACCGUUAGUGUUUCCUGGGACCUCCCCUUCCUUUAUCUGACCAUGAGUAUGAUAUGCCCUGUUAGAAUGAAUCACCCUAUACCUUGACCCCAUUUCUAGGCAGGGGUUUGGUUUGGGGAGGGUAUCUUAGGAGUGGGGAAACAGGGGAGAAGCUGUAGGCAGCUGGUUGCCAGAGUGAGUUAUGUCUGUAAUGAGGGCAGUCUAGUUAGAGAGGAGUUCAUAUAGCCUAAGAACUUCUUCUAGGUAAGAAGAGUUGAUGGAUUAGGGGCUGGAGGAAACCCUCAAGGAAUUGGGUCAUUGACUCUACAACCUUGGGCCCCUCAACCCCAGGAACAAUGCUCCCUGAUGAGGCCAUCUUUGGUGACCCAUUUCUCCCAUUUCUAGGGGUCCUUGGAAACUGACAGGAAUGGUCCGUAGUGGAGUGCCCAGUAGGAAAAGGAAGGUGGAAGAGAAAGCCAAUUGGGCUGGAGAGCCUUGUGGUCCAGAGCUUGGGGCCCCCUUGUGAGUCAGUGGGUGUUGGAUUCAGGGCCUGAGAGAUGCUGAGAACUUGGGUUGGGAGGCCUGCCAGGAAGCAGACAUUCCUGUCCCCACUAGACUCAACUAUUAGCAAGGCAGCUGCUGGAAAAAGCUGCUUUUUGGGGUGCCCCUCGGCAUUUCCUAGGGGGCACCCUUUCUGUUUCAGGGCAUCUCAUCCACAAUUUCAGGACAUAUAUUCCUCUGCUUUCCAUAGCCACCCUUUCCUCUUCUCCCCAUUCAUGGGGCAGUGACCCCAGGCUGCUCUCCUUGUAAAUAGGAAUUGAAGAAGCCUGUAUAGAUUUACAAAUAGCAAGAUCGCCAAAAGACCUGGGGACCGAGGAUCUCAGGGUACAUGGCCCCAGUCUUGAGAGCUUCUGAGAGUUCCAGACUCUGGUGCUCACCCUGAAGAAGCCUUCUGAGCUGGAGCUGGCACCAUGGCCCUCCCCCCAAAUAGUGAAUGCAUGUAAAUAUUUUUAACAGGAACUGUGUCUCAUGCAGCAGACCCCUCUUUGAGGGCUCUCCCUCUACAGAACCAUCCCUGGGCCUGGGGCUUGGAGGGACAAUUGUCUGUGCAUCCAGGUGGAAGAAAGGGGAGAGCAGAAACCCCCUCCCCCCACCCUAUCUAUAUCCCUCCCACUCAACCUGUUUGUUAACCGUUUUUGUCCUGAGUUUAUGGCCAAAACCUUUGAAUAACAAAGGAGAAAGAGACCAACUGAACCCUCCCCUGUUAUGUGGGGGGGAAACUAGUUCAAGGCCUGGGCUCAUGGCCCAAUCCUGUAAUGGUACCAUUAUUAUUAUUUUUAAUUCUUUCUGUGUUGUGCCCAUUUAUAAGAAGAAAUAAAAUAAGUCAUUGAAAGGAUGCUCCCUGGCUGGGAGUGGGGUGAGCAUCAGAAUCAUUUCUCCAGGCCUUGACCUCACAUCUAUCUCCCUGCCAGCCUAACCGGAAGUCGCCUCCAUGUGCCUCAACUCCUCCCUCUAAGGCAACACCCUGGGACCACCAGUGCCACUUUUGCUUUUAGAAGAGCCUGAGGAAAAAAAGGGAAAAUAAUUAUCUCCUGAGAACCAUUAGGGUUCCACAACCAUUUAUUAAGCACCGAUUCAUUACAGAGUACUCCUUAACUGCUGGGGAAGAGAAAAGAUUAGAACACUCCUUUCCAUGGAGUUUAAGAAUCUACUGGGGGGCUUUGACUCCAACUAGAAGGUAAACCUUGAAAAGUGCAACAAAGGGAAGUGAGGAAAAGCUUGUAUUCAACUGGUGAGAUCAAGGAAGGCUUCCUGGAAGUGGCAUUAGAGCUAAGGUUUAAAGGAUGGGUAGAAGAAUGAGGAAGCUGAGACCUGGAGAGGUGAUGAAGGGACUUGGCUGAGGUCAUGUGGGCACCAAGUGUAAGAGCCAAGAUUUUAAGUCUGGUUCUUUCCACUAUGUAGCAUUGCUUCUACCGUGAAAGGCUCAUUACUAGAAGACCAGCUACUAGACAAUGAUAUUUUUGGCCAUAGUGACACCCAAAGCAAAAAUGAGGUCCUGUGUGGCCUCCAUCUCCUUCAGUGAUGGGUGGUGGAGAAUGUGGGCAGGAGAUGCUGAGUAUCACUCAGUUUUCAAGCUUUUCUGUAAACUAAUGCUUGUGUGCAACUUCUGUUUAAUGACCCAAAACUUGAUACUCUAAUUAUUAGAGUAAUCUGUUCAUUAAGAUUGAGAAGCGGUGUGCUGUAAGAGAAAGGAUGCUAAUUUUAGACAAAGGCCACACUUGGAUUCAGAUCCUUGUUCUGACACUUAGAUGUGUGACCCUGGGCAAGUCACUUAAACUCACUGAGCCUCAUUCUAUAAAGUGGGGGUAAUCGUAUGUGCUGAACAAUGCUUUGUAAACCGAAAAGAGCUAUAUAAAUGCAGGUUAUUAAGCAUACCCAUAUUAAUCUUGCUAUAAAUAAAAUAGAUGAUAUAAGAUAGUUGCAGUAAUUAGUAGAAUGGCUUCUAGGUUCUUGGAGAGCUAAAUAAAGGCAUUGAUUUCACAGAAUA